AUGCCUCCUUCCAAGGGCAAGAAUAAGCACCCGUCGGCGUCGCACGCCUCCCCCUCGCUCCUCCCGAGAUUCCGGAAGCAUCGACGGCGAGAGAGGCGUCGACCUCCCAUCCAUUGCCGCCGCCGCCGCAGCAGCAGCGGAGUUCCCGGCGCUCGUUCCUCGCGGCGGCGAUGGAUGCUUUUCUGGCACCGUCGCCAAAGUGGCCCCCAGGGACGGGAGCCGCGUGUAACACCCAUGAAUAGCAAGGUGUCCAAGGCUUUAGCUGACAAGUGGACCACCCACCCAUGGGACCCAGGUGGAAGACCAGAUGAUGUGUAUAAGUUCCAAGAGUAUGAACUGUGGAGGAGAAAGAAAAUAGAGAAGACAGGUAAGGUCUCACUAAUUUCGUCAAGCAGUUAUCAGUUAGAUGCUUUCCCACUAGUUAAUUUAUUUGAGGAGUGCAACAGAUUCUUUGAUCUUGAUCUGGACAAUGAUCUCCUGUAUGGUGAAGCUGGGAAAAACUUUGUGGUUUCUACAGUUCUCCCCUUGCGUGAGGUUCCAAAGAAUGGUAUCAAGCUCUCUUGGGAUCUUGCUUGUGUUUUGGGACACCCUUUGGUAGGUCGAUUGUUGUUUAUUAGCCCCUUGUGUACACUUCAGGCCCCAAAGCGUAGUGAUGAUAUUCAUAUUUUACGGGUAAUGAAAUGUAAGAAUCUUUAUCUUAGCCUAGUUCCACCUAAUGUUGGAUCUUCCAAUGGCAUUGAAUCAGAGUCUGACUACCAACCUGAAAGAAGCGCAAUGGUUAUGGAGACACCUAAGAGGGGUCCUUCAACUCCAGUGCAUAAGAAGGAAUCCCAUCACUUUGCUUCCAACAGUGGCUCUUCAAUGUGCUUGGAUCCAACCACUGCAAGAUCAGCACUAGCAGAUGAGAAAGUUAAUGAGUUGUUACAAACUUCAGCAGUACUGUGGCUUAAUGGUAGACACUUGCUUAAAGGAAACUUUGUUCCUCUCUCAGUAUGUGGAAAACUGUCUUUGUUUGUGGUUAUGGGAGCAGAACCAGAUAGUUCUUCUCAAGAUGUUUUGUGUGAGAAAGGGAAUACACUGUCUAAUGCAGAGGAUUCAACUAAAUCAGGGGAAACCCCAGUUUUGUUCCUUGUUGACGGAACCACAAAAGUUCGUUUAUCUGAUUCUGUCUUCACAAAGCAGCUUGGCUCAGAUAAACCGGGUUUACCAUCAGAACUUUACGAGUAUGAUGACAAAAGAAAUGAAGAUUUCAAUCAUGCCUCAACACUUGGUGGGUUAUCUAAAGAGUCAGCAACCAUAAAAGGAAUAAUUUCAUUUUCACUAGCUGAUCAAAUUGGUCUGCCAAGGGGUCAACCUACAAUCAAUGGACCAGAGAUCAUUAGUCAUUAUUACGGAGAAAGCGAGCAAUCUCUGUACGAUGUUUUCAGUUCAGCCAAGCAAGCUGCACCUGCUGUGAUAUUUAUUGAUGAAUUGGAUGCAAUUGCUCCAUCAAGGAAGGAUGGGAGUGAGGAGUUAUCUAUUAGAAUGGAUGAGAUUGGCCCUAGUGAUCGUGUUCUCUUGAUUGCUGCUACGAAUCGGCCUGAUAGUAUUGACCCUGCAUUGCGACGUCCUGGAAGAUUGGAUAAAGAAAUUGAAAUAGGAGUGCCAUCCCUAGGACAGAGGAUGGACAUACUUCGCUGCCUUCUAAUUGGAGUUCAUCACUCUCUCAGCAAUGAAGAACUUGAGUCUGUUGCUCUAGCAACCCAUGGAUUUGUGGGUGCUGAUCUAGCAGCACUGUGCAAUGAGGCUGCAUUGAGUGCUCUGUGGCGUUACAUCAGCCUAAAAGAAAAUUCAACUCAACAACUUGGUCAUCCUGGCUGUAGUUUUGAUAAGUGUAAUAGUCAAGAUACUGAAGAUCCAAGCACAUUAUCGGCCUCUUUCUCACAGUUGACCAUGUCAUCAGAUGAUGUUGCCUGCAUGAAGGGUGAUGAAAUACCACUAUUAGUAACCAUUAAGUAUUUUGACAAGGCUAAAACAAAAGUUAGACCAAGUGCGAUGCGCGAGGUUAUUCUUGAGCUUCCGAAGGUACGUUGGGAAGAUGUUGGUGGUCAGUUCAGUGUCAAGGAGCAGCUAAUUGAAGCUAUCCAAUUACCACAAAAAUGCCCAGAAGCAUUUGAACAUUUAGGGAUCCAACCCCCUAGAGGAUUGCUAAUGAUAGGACCGUCGGGUUGCAGCAAGACUUUGAUGGCUCGUGCUGCAGCUUCCGAAGCAAAAUUGAACUUCCUUGCUGUUAAGGGUCCUGAACUUUUCAGCAAAUGGGUCGGUGACUCAGAAAAGGCAGUGAGAUCUCUAUUUGCAAAGGCGAGGGCUAAUGCACCAGCAAUAUUAUUUUUCGAUGAAAUAGAUGGGCUUGCAGUAACUCAUGGGAACAAAAUGAUGGCACGUCUGUUGCUGAUAGGGUCCUCAGUCAGUUGCUUGUGGAAAUGGAUGCUUCUAUCGAUCUCUACUCAAAGCAUAGAGAUAUGCGCAAACAAUAGAUUGAUUAUACUGGUGGCAAGGGUGCUGGAUGUGCAACCACCAAACGAAGCCGACCGUGCAGAUAUUUUCCGGAUUCAUACACGCAGCAUGCCAUGCAGUGCUGACAUGAAUCUAAACGAACUUGCUAGACUCUCAGAAGGCUACACUGGCGCUGACAUAAAGCUUAUCUGCAGGGAAGCUGCAGUUGAUGAGAGGUUUGACAUCCAAGAAGUUGCAAUGAGACCAUUUCAAGUCUGCAAUCAGCAGAACAAAACCAUCAGAUGUCAAGUUUUUCCAAGAACUUGCAAAGCAAUUCCGCAGAUCGUUGACUUCACUGAGGAAGCAGUAAUUCUGAGAAAGCUAGGUGGUUUGAGGAAUGGGUGA